GUGUGUGUCAGCGUGCGCGCGUGUACAAAGGGCGCACGCAGCAUUCUGUUAAUCAUCUCUCAUUGGCGGAAAGGAAGACUAGUCAAACUGUUCAAUUUAUUAGUAGGUUGUUUGAACCGCAGGCCCCGCCUUCCCCCGCAGUUAAAGUCUUAACCGAAAGUAAAGAUGUUCGGUGCUGAAGACGAGCUGCAACUCUCAGCUGUGCAGACCAACCCGGCGGACUCUGACAGGCAGAUACAGGGGGUGAGUAGGAAGGGCUGGCCCCACUAGAAACCGCCUACUGGUAACUACAUACUGCGCGCUGUGUACUGCGUUCGACCCUUAUUGUGCAGUAUGCUUGAUAAGAAUAAUGCAUUUAUGUAUAUAGCCAUUUUUGAGGCACUUAAUGUCACUUUACGAGGAGAAAACCGUAUAGGAUAAAAACAAAUAACUACGACUUAAUUUAACUGUAUUUCUGCCUGUCUUUUUCAUCUAUUUUCACUAAGUUACAAGCAGAUUUGAACAGAUGGGUUUUAAUGUGUGGUUUGAACUUUGAUUAAUCUGUACAGAUUUAUAGAACUGUUAUAUUUUUAAAGAGUGUCUUGUAGAUGAAUAAUAUUUCACCAUCUAAGAUGCAUUUGUUAUUGGUCUAAUUUUGCAACAUCACAAUGUUAAUGUCUGCAUUUGUAGGCUACUGUUUCCUGCAUGAAACUUUUGAGCAUGUCUUGUCCCCUAAUGUUUGUGUAUAAGUUACUCUGUUGUCCAUCCAUUUAUGCACUGAAAAAAAUCUGUUAAGUGUUUCAUUUACAUUUUCUGAAAUUUUACAUCCCUAUAACCAAAAUGGAUUUAGUUAAUUCAACAACUCAUAAUUCAGGCGGCAUUUGAUUCACAUCAUGGCACAGUAAACUCUGAGAUGAGUCUGACACAUACUGUGAAAUUUUCCCAAAUCAGUAUGCCAUCUGGGUAUUUUGGUAUACUGUGACUAUUGCAUUUGUUUGCAUACUGCACACUGCAUUUGGACAUAUUAGUACACACUGCUAGUAUAGAAGGCGAUUUUCAGAAGACAUUAGUGCCUAAUGAACAGUUUAGAUGUAUUUUAUUUUGCUGAGUUGACUUUGUUUAAUACAUUGAUUUCAAAGUAAACUAAACAAAAUUCUGCCCAUGAGAUUGAGUUUUGGAGUUUUAGUUUCCAUUUGUGUCAACAGCACAGGAAUCACAGCCCCACCCUGGUCCUUUUGUUUUGCAAGGUUGUGCAAGCCUGAUGAAAAAAAUCUUUUUUUUCCAGGUAUGUGUGCUCAGAUGAGAGGUUUUCACAGUUGCUUUCAAUGUUGGAAAACAAAAAUAGUUUAAAACAGGACAGCAAACCCAAAAACAUCAUUAACAUCAGUUUAAAAAUCAUACUGAUGCUCCUUUAUGAUACCCAAAAGCAAACAAGACCAUAACCAACAUGAUUAAUGGCUUUUACUUUGUAGAUUUCAAUGCUCAAAACCAGUGCCAGGGGAUAGGUAGGAGUCAAGCAGAUGGUGAAACAGCUAAGACAAGAUAAGCAAAUAAACGAGUGAUCACUUCAUUCACAGAGGGCACCAAAUUUAUACAAUCCGAAAAGUUUCUCACAAAUUUAAUAUGUGGGCAGAUGAGGAUCCCAGUAAUAUUGUGUUCAUGCACUGAAUAGUAGAUUUUACUAACAUACUUAAAUACUUAAAAAUCCUGUGAGGAACUUUUGGCUUUUAUCAAUUCGGUCACCCCCUGCAGAUAAAACUGUUUUGCUUAUCUUGCCCUCUGUGUAUCACAAGACUCCUCCCCUAUAAAAGACAUUAAAAAAAUAUUGUAUUCUUGUUUGCAUCGAUAUUUCAUGAAAGGGCAUCAAUAUAAAUUUUAGUCAAUGUCACAGAUGUAAAAAGCUUCUUACAGGAGAUUUAAAUGUAAAAUGUUGAGGGUUUACCUAGACCUCUUUGUUCUUACUUUUUCUAGUUCUUACAUGAAUGCAUUGGUUUGUAGAUGUGGAGCUUGACUAUUUUGUGUUCAGGCUUUUUGUGCUUUUGUGUCGGAGAGUAUCUUAAUCAGUGCUGCAAAAGUUUCUCUCAACCAACACAAAAAAAAUCCACAGAUUUUUGUUCUUCUUUUUUGUGGCUUGAGAGAGAAAGUGAAAGCAUUCCUCUUAUAAUUCAAGUAUCCACUCUUCCCAGUAAUACACUUUUAGGGUCAGUCACAUGACCUUUUCUCGUUAAUACAUACACACAAAAGCCAUUAGAUAAGAUGUUACAAUAACACCGUGCAAUUAAAUCAUGAAGCACUGACUGAUAUAGGAUGAAUGUUUGGAGUAAAAGCUUUUGCUGCUUGCUAAAAUCAAUCAGUUGUAAUCUAUAAUUUAAACUAGAAUCUAUAUUACAGGUAUUUCUUGAACAAUAACACUCUGAUAAGUCUUUUUGGACUCAUAGUUGAAACUACAAUAGAUUUCACAUUUCGCUUGAAAUCUAUUUUGGAUCUGUACAGCCAACAUGUCAGCAUGCUGCUUUUCUGAAAAGCACACAUGCUUUUGAUUGUUCUGUUUUCUAGUUAAAAGGUUUCUAGCCAUUUAGACAGGAAAAAAAACACGCCAGGGUUGAUUAAAGGAAAUGGUAAGCUUGGAGUUAUGUGCAAACAGUUGAUGAGCUAAUUUUAGACUUGCUUUUAUCCCUUAUUUAAAGCUUCUAGCCAUACUUCUUAACUUUAUUGUGACUCUCCAGGCACUGGCAGUACAAUCUUUUCCAAAUUAAUUUUGAGUGCAAACUACCUGUAGAGCAAAGCACCAGACUGACAGAGGUAACAGUUAUCAGGUGGACACAGAGGAAAAUUUGGCAAGUUAUUUCUUUUUUUUAAAUUAUUUUUAAAGGACUGAACAUGUUGAUGUAAAACAGAAAACAUGGUAAAUGUACAGUUGUCAAAAAUGCUUACAAAUGUAUAUUCAUGGCAAGUGAGAUAAAAAGAAACAUUAUAAAGAUGAUAUACAAAUAUAACAUACAAGAGGGAUGAUGUGCAAUGAUAUUUGUCUACUGUCCCCAGUGGCCAGAAAAGGGACACAAGUUUUUGCUUUUGAAAACAAAAUAAUAAAAUAUGCACAUAGGUUAAAAAAUAAUGAUUGAUUGUCUGUUUUUCAGUUGAUCAGAAGUCCCUCAGAUGUCAGAGCACACCCAGCCUAUAAGACUUCAAAGCAUUCCAUGAUUUACAUGGAGUCCCCAAAAGGACAGAGCUGCCGCUGAUAGGCCAGGGAGGACUCAGAGAUGGAGAAUCUGUUGCUGAAAAGCCGAGGACAUGGUGCAACAGACAGACAAGCGAAAGACUCAUUUUUGUAGGAUGGUGAGAGACAAUCUUGAUAAAUCGGUAGUUCAGAGUCAGGAAGCGAGCCAAGUAGCCGAGAGCCAAAAUCAACGACCAGAAGAGCCUGCGGGACAUGAACAAGGAAGGAGUCCAGAGAGGGAUAAACCAGAAAGCCCAGAACUGAGAGAGAGGCAGCUUGAUUUUCUGCACUGGAACAAACUCAUCUUAAGGGAGGAACCUGACACCUGGCAGCAGGUAAAGUGAUCACAGCUUACUCAGGGUAACUCACAGUCUGGGGAGUUAAUCUCAGGGAUCUUGCUAUUAACAGAUGGCUAGGGGGGCAAUCAAUAUGGAAAUCAAACACUCGGGUUUUAUCCAGCUAAUGUAAGGUGUGAAAGUACUAAAAGUAGCACCCAAAAACUGGCUUAUGUGAGAGUAAAGAAGUAUCAAUUUGCUUUAAGCAACCAUUGCCAAUCAAAUAGUAUCUUACAAAGCAAAAUACUCAGUUUUUUCCCCAUCAAAUUAACUCUUUUUAAAACAUGAUUGUUCGUAAGACCAAUGACUACAGUCCUGUAGACAUUUAACCCUGUGAUGGAGGGUUUUUUGGAGAGUGUUUUAAGCAGGAGGGGACUUCACAUAGCUCCAGAGAUCUGUUAAAGAUCUGAGUGAAGAUGGGGGGUCAGUACAGACUAUCAUCCCCGGCAGCUGUAGUGCGCUGUAGGGGAUGUGUUCACUGAUCCAUGCUUUGGUAAAACACAGGGGGCUGAAAGUCCUUAUUUCCCGGAGUGAGGAGCAGCAGUUCUUCCAUCUUAUUUGCCAGGGAGCGGACAUUUGCUAAGUGUAGAGAUGGGAGCGCUGUGUAUAAAACCACAAAAGCUGUUUAGAUCAAGAGCAGGAGGAAUCAGUGGUUGUAAUCACUUUUAUGGGUUCAAUGAAAGAAGGCGCAGCUCUUUUAUCAGACUGUUUUGUUCAUUUUCACUUUCUCUUCUUUAGCCAUUAUCGGGCCCUGAUGUUGUGAGUUUGCCCACACACCUCCGUCCAUUCAGCAGCACAGAAGAGUAUAAACUAGUGAAGUACACUUACCUGCAGCUUCAACACAGCGGAUACUACUGGGGAGCAAUGACCAUGGAGGAGGCUCACAGUAUUCUCUCAAAAGAACCUCUGGGCACCUUUUUAAUCCGGUAAGACUGUCUUGGAAGAUUGAGGUUCUGAAUUUUCUGCAAUGUUUGACCCUGAUAUCUCAAUCUUCUCCCUUGCAGAUCACUUCUCUAACCUGGAUUGAACUUUUUUUAACUGCUGUGCAAUUUUUCUCAAAGCUGUCGGUGUCUUAUGAAAUUGCUAUUUUUUGGGUUAGUUGCUCCUUAAUAAUGUUAAAUAAAUUAUGGAUGACUUGCAUAUAUCAUGACUUUGACAUACCGUUUUUAUAAGCCAAUGAAAACUAUAGAUUGUUUUUUUUUUCUACAAUUAACAACCAAGUCAUAGAUGAUAUCUAAAGGUAUUUGCUUGAAAAGAUAAAAACAAACUUUGAAGGCACGAACAAAUUAAGAGCCACCCUCUAGUGGCCUCUAUGGGAAUUGCAGUUGUUGGCUCUAACAGUAACCUCAUUUAUUGGCAGUGGAGGUAACUACUCGACAGUACACCAGGAGUUUAUAGUGUUGAUUUGUUUGUUUUACUUAGUAUGCUUUUGUGAUUCUUCAAUUAAAAUCAUCUUCCUGGUGUGAAUGUGAACUUAAUCUUAACACAUUGCUUAAUAUAUGUUUAAUGGGAGCAUCACAAAACAUGACAUAAAACAUACAUUUUCAAAUUAAAAGGCACUAACUCUUUUUUGUUGUGGUUUGAUUGCAGAGACAGUGGCCGAUCAGACGUUUUCUUCACUCUGAGUUAUCAAAGUGAUGACGGGCCGACAAGUGUGCGGGUCCAGCUGAACAAUCUCCACUUCAGUCUGUAUGGCAGCAACAGGACUUUUCCCUCUCUCUUUGUCCUGCUCACUUAUUACACCAGUUCAUCCUGCAAGCUCACGGUUCCCUAUCGGAAGCAUCGGCCAGAGCGCCUGAAGCAGAUGUGCCGGAGAGCUCUUUCCCGUGCAUUUGGAGCAGAAAAUAUAAGCAAAGUACCUGGACUCAGCCGUCAAGAUAAAGACUAUGUUCUUUCAUACCCUCACUGCAUUUAGCAGCCUGUGAACAGAGGGCUUUUUAAUGAGUUAAGAUUUUGAUGUGUAAUGAGUACAGACAAAGAUAUGUUUUUUUGUGGUUUUAUAGCAUUUUUUAAAUAGUAAUUUAAACAAGUCUUGUAGAUUCAGUGCAUAUUUGGCACCUGAUUAUUUUCUAUUUUUAUAACAUCAACUAUUUAUGUAUAAAUGUAUAAAGGACAGAUGCUUGACUUUUACCUUUAACAUUACAUGUCUGUCAAAUUCAUACAAAUGUAGAAUCCGCUGCUGUUUAAAACUGCAGUAAUUAAUGUUGGACCACUAGGGGGCGAACGACAAAAUGGGAAAGAAGCUGAUGCAUCAAAAGUCAUUGACGUGACAACUUAAGUGUUAGCCAACACAAAAAUAUAGAUUGUAAAUGACUGGAAAACAAGCACAAAAGGGAGGCCAAAGGUAGCCUGCUUAAUUUUUAACCCAAUCAUCUGUAUCUCUCAUAAACAAAUGUAGUAAUUCCAACAAGACCCAUAAAAUGUAGAACAUGAUAAGCAACUGUAAUUUACCAAUGAAAUGAUUCAACUUCCUGAAACUUUAAAGAAACCUAACUUUGUUUUCUAGAAGUAAUCAUAAUGAAAGUAUAACCAACUUAUCCAAAAAUAACACAAAGAACGGUCCAUUAGCUCCUUGAAUGUAUCUGUGACUGAAUUACUACCUUUUUUCACUACUGAAUAGUGAUUUUAUCUCACCAGCUUUGUUUAUGCUGCAGGCAACUAUUGGAAUGGACGAGAAGACGAGACUUUAGUUUUCCCUUGUGAAAAUCAAAAUUGAUUAAUGCAGUUUUAAAUCUUCAUUACCACUUGAUAUCAUUUUACAUGUAGUCUGGUCAGCUGUGUGAUAGAGAAAAAUGUUAUGUGUAUUUAAAAAAUGUUUUAAAUGUUGAAUAAAACAGUAUUUUAAAUAAAGUCCACAGUUAGUACUCUUAUAUAAACCCAUGGCUGAACUAUUGUCAUAACCAAGAGGUCAUCUGCCUCAGGGAACAAGCUGGUCGGGGUUUUUUGAUAACAUGUUUAUUUUUAGCUUGUGUUGCAGGAUCACUGUGGAAAGUACAGUGUUGGUCUGAUUAGCCAUUACUUGGUCCAGAACAAAACUUUGAUUUGCACUUUGAAUUUGAACUAUGUUAGAUUGAAGUUUGGGCCCUGUAGCACAGGUGAUUGCUUUAAAUUGGCUGAUCCCUUGACAUUACCUCAAGCAGUACCAAAAAGGCGUAGUUUAAUACUCUUGUAAGUGACCAAAUACAUGAUGAACCAUUAACAUUUCCUACAGCCAAGCUUUGUUUUG